AUGGGACUCGGCUUGGGUCUCGCAUUCAUGCUGGGCAGCGCCGUGCUGUUUGGCGUCGCAGCCGUCGUUCACUUCCACAGCGCCCAUCUGUCUCUCCCCGUCAGCCCCGCCAUAACCAUCCUCACCAUUCUUCUUCCCAUCGUCUCCUUUCUCAACUCGUAUAUCUAUCCAACGCUUUUACACUCCGCACGCAAUUCGUCACAUCCUCUGCAUCGACUUAGUCCUACGAUCCUACAAACCCUGCAGGGCCUUGUCACAACGAUCCUUGCAACGUUGCUCUUUGAGGAUGUGAUACCUUCGACGACGGUGGAUUGCGUGAUGGAGAAUCGAUGGAAGAGCAUGUUUCAGGCUCAUGAUGGGGAGUCGAUCCGUUUAAUCCAGGACACCUUGAAUUGCUGCGGUCUAAACACUGUCCGACACAUGCCUUAUCCUUUCAUCAAACCUGAUACUACUUGCUCUACGAUGUAUGGACGGGAUAAGUCAUGCAGAGGUCCAUGGACGGCGGCGCUUCGGAGCAGCACGGGAGCUGAUUUCGGAGUCGUCAUUGCAGUGGGAUUACUACAGAUUUUGAGCCUUCUCAUGACUAGAGAAGGUACCAACUGGUGGAACUCAUGGCGCCCUAUUGCUUGGCACCGACAGCGGCGUGGUGUUGAGGGUGAAAGACGCGCGCUGUUGGAAGACGUCACUGACGCAGACGAAGAGGUCGUCGAGCGACAGGACGACUCUUCUCGGUCGCGAGGAUACCAGAGCUUGCCUUCUGCUGAAGCGGAAAACAGGCCGAGGGUUGAGCCGUCUCCGAUUCACCAUGAGGAAAACCACUGGAGAGACAGCUGA